AACUUCUCCAACCCUAAUUUCCUUACCCGACCUCUCCUCCCCUCUUCAUCGCCGACCUUUCCCGAGACCCUCACGACUUCUCCUCUCUUGCGCCGUCGCCCGAAGCUGAGCCACCCGACGAUUCACCGGAGCAGCCUCAGCCAUCAUCGCCACCCUUCUCCACAGAAACGUGUGAAGCCACCAGCCGACCGUCGUCCACGCGAGCGCCGCGGACACUGCUCUACCGCCGGUAGCCACCGCCUAUGCCCUAACCCGAUCCAGUGAGGCCAUUGCCCUUUCUUUUCCCUCUUUGCGACGGGACGCCACAGCCCACAUCUCCGACGGUUGAUCGCAGGCAUCGGUUGUGGAAUAUCCGACGAUCUCUCUUUUUUCGGCCAUAAGAAGAUCAAAGGCUGCAGCGGCCAUCUCCAUGACAGAAUUCCGGCCACCACAAUAGGAUGAUCCCUCGUGGAAUGUGGAUGUCAGAUUCGCCACUGUAGGAGAGGAAGCCAAGCUAUCGUGCUAUAGAGUGGUCAGCUGCCUCACCUAGCUCCGACCACCAAUUUCUGGCAGCAAGCUUCUCCGGUCACGGGUCGACGGCUAUGCGAUUGGAUUUGGGUGUAUGAUAUUUGCUUUGUGGAAAAGCCAACAAAUAUUCAUCCUUUAUUUAGUUGAAUGAUAUUCAUCUCCAACAUGCGGGCUCUCAGAAACUUACAAAGACACUGCUGGAAAAGUGCUUCACUUCUCGGAAAGAGGUGUUAUUCACAUGGGAUUACAUGCUUGAAAACGUGGCCGAAUAAUGUGCACUCAGUGCUGCCUAGAGAAGUUUAUUGUAAUUCUAUCAACCAGUUGGGUUCAACUUCUGGGCAUCGAUUUAUGUCGACAACAAGAGGAAGAAGCAUGCGGAGCAAGGUGGAGAAGAGAAUGCGAAGAGAAACAGGAAAAACUUUAAAAGAGAUCAGACGUGCAAAAAAAAUAAGAAAGAAGUUAAUGACAGAAGAGGAAAGGCUACUAUACAACUUACGUAGAGCCAAGAAAAAGGUGGGAUUGCUUCUUCAAAAGCUCAAAAAAUAUGAAUUGCCAGAGUUACCACCUCCUCGGCAUGAUCCUGAGCUUCUUACUCUUGAGCAGCUUCAGGCUUAUAAGAAGAUAGGUUUCAGAAAUAGAAAUUAUGUUCCUGUUGGAGUUCGUGGGGUCUUUGGAGGAGUAGUUCAAAACAUGCAUCUCCAUUGGAAGUUUCAUGAGACUGUGCAAGUUUGUUGUGACAAUUUUCCUAGGGAAAAAAUCAAAGAAAUGGCAACCAUGAUAGCAAGAUUAAGUGGCGGCAUUGUUGUUAAUAUACACGAUGUGAAAACCAUUAUUAUGUUUCGUGGACGAAAUUACAGACAACCAAAGAAUCUGAUCCCAAUCAACACCCUGACUAAAAGGAAGGCCCUAUUCAAAGCUAGAUUUGAGCAAGCUCUUGAAUCUCAAAAGUUGAACAUCAAAAAAAUUGAGCAAGAGCUAAGACGGAAGGGUGUCAAUCCAGAGGACCCAAUUGCCAUGGCUAGCAUUCAGAGAAUUGCUACUACAUUUUUUAGGGCUAUUGAUGAGAAACAAGGGACUCCAUAUGUAUUCCAUGGGGAUAAACCAUCCACAGCAGAAAUUGUUGAUACUCCAGAUGAAUCUAUUGAUGUGCCUUCUGAGGACAGUGAUCAGGAGGAACUUGACCGCUUUAUUCGAGAGAUCGAAGAUGCUGCAGACAAAGAGUGGGAAGAGGAGGAAGUGGCAGAGAAAGAGGAACUUUCAAGAAUUAGGUAUUGGGGAAAAGAUGACAUGGGUCGGUCAAGCAGGGCACCAGAUUGGAGAAGUGAUAAUUCAGAAGAUGAGGAUAGGGCUCAUGUAAGGCGUUGGAAUGGUACUUCUACUGGAUUGGGAAAUACAGAGAGGAAAAAUUGGGAUAGUGACAAUGACAUGUCGGCAGCUUCAGAAGAUGAGUGGGAUUAUGAUGACCAAGUGAGUGAUGCUGCAAUUGAUGUUGAUAGACAUAACUCCUAUAGUAAAGACAGGACUCGAGAAAGAGAGACAAAUAACAUAAAACAGAGAAAAAGCAGGGCUUCCCCAAAGGAAUAUUUGAGAGAUAGAGCUAGUAUAGAAACCAGAUGGAGGGAACAUGAAGAUAUCAACCUAGACAGUGAUGUUUUGGGAGAUUCAGAAGAUGCGGUUGGGGAAUCAGAAGAUGAGGAUGAACACAAUUUUGUGGAAUCAACAAUGGGCCCUUAUGAUUAUCUCAGCAAUGAAGAUUCAGAAGACAGCGAUAGCGGGAGUAGACAGAAGAUAAGUGCGCUUGAUGAGAAAAAGGGUGAUGAAAGAUGGGAUAGUGAUUAAUGAAUUAUGCGCCAACCUGCAACUCAUUUUAUGUGCAGGUGAAUGGAAGUAGCAAUUGAAAAUUGAAAUAGAAAAAGGAUGUCCUCUAUCAAGUCACUCAAUUGGUAGUGAUGAUACGCUCUUGUUAGUAUUCAUUAUUGGAUUUCAACCAUGGUGAUAGGUUUCCCUCUUUAUCACUGAUGGCAAAAGAGUUGCACGUUAAUGUUAUUGUUAAGAGAUGUUCACUCAGGAAGGUGUGCUUCUAAUUUCCUUAUUUCUUUGUUCCUAAGAAUCCUGUAAAGCUUCUUUGCGUCGAGUUGAAAUUCAAAUGUCGACCAAAAUGAAGUUAGUUGGCUUCUGUUGGGUCCUCUUGUUUUCGGGAAAAUGUCUCAGCAUAAUGUUAUUUUAUUUUCCUUGACAGCUGCAACAUGUUUUUUCUUGUUGUAAUUUAAGGCGACGUGUUUUGUGGAAAGAAAUUUUCAUGGAAUGCAUAAUUCAAGGGAACUCGAUUAUAUGAA